UGAUGCAAUGGACGUUGACGAAGCUGUCGCCCUUUGUGGCGACCGGAGUAAAUGGCAUAUGCUGAUAUUCCUUUUGGGAGGAAUGACAACUGCGUUUCCCUCGUGCUGGCAGAUGUUGGCGAUUGUUUUCGUUGGUGGAGUUCCUCGAGAUUUUCAUUGCCAAGUCCCAGAUGAUAUCAUCAACGACACGAUUCCGUUCGUCAAGGACCAACGCACCGGCGAACCGAAGCGAGACCAGUGUAACCAGUUCGUCAAUGAAUCGUCCAAUGGAAACAUUUCGUACAGCACCAAUGCGACCAUCCCAUGCACGGAUGGGUACACGUAUCACACCGACUUCACGAGCACUAUUGUCAUGGAGUGGGAGCUGGUAUGUACCAGGGAUUACCUGAAGGACCUCUCACAGACCAUAUUUGUCCUGGGCGUCAUGGCUGGUGCCAUUAUAUUCACAACACUUGCCGACAUGUUUGGAAGGAAACCAGUAUUCCUUGGAGUCAACUGGUGUCUUCUUGUGGUUGGCACGGCCACCGCAUUCGCCAAGGAUUACUACCUAUUCCUCUUCCUCAGGUUCAUUGCUGGAGCAUUGCAGCAGGGAAUUACUCUGUCUGGAUUUGUACUCUGCGUUGAGAUAUUUGCCGCCAACCAGAGGACGUUCGCCGGAAUAAUAGUUCAAGUCUUCUGGGGUGGUUCCAUGGUGAUACAAGCUGGUAUAGCGUACGCUCUACGUGACUGGAGGGACUUCCAGCUUGCUAUUACUCUUCCCAUGAUAAUUACUCUGGGUGGAUGGUGGGUUUGUCCCGAGUCGAUGAGUUGGCAAGCUGCUAAUCAAAAAGAGAAGGAAGCAGAGAAGCAAUUGAGAAAGAUCGCUAGGUUUAAUGGGGUAAAAGAUUAUCCUGAGCAUCCGCUGACCGAAAACUCCAUUGGUUUGAACAUUGACCCGCGGUUGUUAUCUCUUGGUAAAGUCGACGAAGAAACGGGAGAUACUGCAGUUGUAGCUGAUGAAAGCAAAACUGAAGAAAAGCCUAAAGAAAAACAGAGCUUCAAGGAUCGAUUGCUGAGGAGGAAACCAAAGGAUGAUAAGCCAAAGGCCGAGAAGGACACCUUGUUGACAGUCAUCAGGUUUCCCCAACUCAGGAUGAAUCUCCUUGUCAUGGGUGCACUUUGGUUCGUGAACAGCUUGGUAUAUUUCGGGAUGUCCCUUAGCACAGGAGAUCUCGCAGGGAGUCGAUAUGUCAACUUCGCAAUUGGUGGCGUAGUGGAAGCAUUCGCCUAUACCACCUGCUACUUCGUCAUAAAAAGAUUCGGACGGAGAAAGCCGCUUUGUGCAUAUCACGUACUUGCUGGAAUAUGUCUCGCGAUCUCCGUCUUUAUCCCACCUAAGGCAGGUGGGGUCGACCUAGCUCCAGUGAGUACAGCAUUCAACAUGCUCGGUAGAUUCUGCAUAUCCAAUUCUUUCGCUAUCAUCUUCCUUUACGCCGGUGAGCUCUUCCCCGUCAAUAUCAGGAGUACCUGCAUCGGUGUCUGUUCUGUUUGUGCUCGCAUCGGGGGUAUGGUGGCUCCGUUUUCGUCUCUUCUGGUGAAGAAAGUGUACUGGCUCCCUGGGUGCAUAUUCGCUGCCCUGUCCGUCGUGGUGGGUGUCCUGACGCUCCUCUUACCAGAAACCCAAGGCAGGGCGCUACCACAGUCCGUGGAGGAGAUGAAGACAUGGAACAGGAGGAGAGGACGCGCGAAAUCUUUCGAUGUUCACGCGAGUAUGCGGAACACUAGGCGGGAGAGACGCCGUAGUUCAGCAGUCAGGGGUAGUGACAUGCCUCGGAAGGAAUAGCCUGCGUCUGCCUAAUCAUGAUGAAAAAAAUUCUUCAUGUUGAAAAAAGAAUUCUUCGUGUUGAAAAAAAAAAUCUUCAUGUUGAAAGAAAAAUUCUUCAUGUUGAAAAAAAAAAUUUCAGGUUGAAAAAAAAUCAUGUGAUGUCCUUUCCCAGCCACCAUACGGACACGAUUGGACUCUCUCAUGCAUUUAUUAAAUACACUCACCAUGGGAUGCAUUCGCUCUACAUGUAACAGAGCUACUUUAUAGCUAGACCUUGAAAUAAUUGUGACUUACUCGAAGCUUAAACAUUUGGACUAGACAUCAUCAUUAUUUCUGCUGGAGGGAAUGUUGGGGAAGACUGAAUAUGUACGAUGCAAUAUCAAGUUAGUCAAGGUGGUACAAUAGCCCCGGUGCAGUUACAUGUAUAGCCUCUGUGUGCAAUAUUUUGCACUAACAGGUAUUUAGCACUGUAUUGGCUAUAACUGUACUGAGGCUGCAAUUGUACCAUUUUACUUAAAGUAUACCGAAAACCGUGCGCAGCUCUGUAUAGUUAAACGCGACAUGAUCAAAUCACUAUUCUCAUCUUAGAACACUACCGCAAGGUUUCAUACAGAAGAACAACUAUGUACAUUAUUAUUUUCUGUACAGUUUUUGUAUUGCUUUAUAUAUUCAAGUAUACAUAAUAAGCAUUUCAAAAAAAUAUUUUUUAAAACCAAACAUGUAUGGAACGAAUAUUUGAUUAAAUCGUCGAUGGACUGUUAUUUCGUCUUAUCGUUAAUACCAAUAGUACCAUAUGUACAUGAAUGAGUAAAAAAGUGCAUGAAGAGAACAAGAAUGCUGUGACCAUUAGG